AUGCACUCCGCCGCCACGCCAAGCUGGACCAUUGAUUUCACGAACGAUACAGAGAGAGCCACACUGGGCAAAAAGGAGAAGACUGAGUUCAUCAAUCUCUUCAAGCACAACACGUUGCUGUCAUUGGGUGUGCCGAUGGAAGUCGACCAAGUGAAGAUGCUGCGCAACAUCUACUACAACCAAGGCAUCAAGAGUGUGUUGGCAGAAGUGCGGCAGAGGAAGUCGCCAAUGCCGAAGUAUGUCCAGAACCAUGAUACGCACACUAAACUCGAUGAGGCCGACCGAAUUGCCAUCGGAAGACAGAUGUUCUCCGACGAUACGUGGCGGGAGAAAGAGCUCCUGCCAGGAGUUCACGAGAUGAUGGUGAAGUUCGAACCAAACCUCCAAGAAGUUCUUCCGGAAAAUUUGCCGAAUUAUUUCGAAGAUGCUUUCUCGAUGCGGACUGCUUGUUGGCCAAUCGAACUCCUGAUGAAUCAUAAGGCAUCUGGUGGGAGAUAUCCUGACUCGGUGUACGGCCGAAAGAAGGGUGGCUGA